GGAGCCGGCUAUAUAAGCGGCGGCCGGCCGCCGCGGGGCACACGCGCAGCAGCGGCGGCGGCGAGCGCCUCGGAUCGCGGCGGAGCAGCAUCCCGAGCUCCGCGCAUCCCCGACGGGCCCUCCGCCCGCCCUCCCGUGGAGCGCCACCCGGGCCCGCGAGGGCCGCCGCCACCCCACAGCAGAUUUGGAUCCCCCGCCCGGCGAACCCCAGGCUGCUGCCUCCCGGGGGGCCCCGGCGCAGCGGCCGGCCCCGGACAGCCCCGCCGCCCCGCCGCCCGGCCCCGAGGACGCCGGCAGCGCCAUGGCGGCCGCCAAGCCCGGCGAGCUGAUGGGCAUCUGCUCCAGCUACCAGGCGGUGAUGCCGCACUUCGUGUGCCUGGCCGAUGAGUUCCCGCAGCCGGUGCGGCCCGCCAAGCUGACCAAGGGCAAGGGCCGGCUGCGGCGGCCGCGCCAGUCCCGCUUCAAGACGCAGCCGGUGACCUUCGACGAGAUCCAGGAGGUGGAGGAGGAGGGGGUGUCUCCCAUGGAGGAAGAGAAGGCCAAGAAGUCCUUUCUGCAGAGCCUGGAGUGCCUGCGCCGCAGCACGCAGAGCCUGUCGCUGCAGAGGGAGCAGCUCAGCAGCUGCAAACUGAGGAACAGCCUGGACUCCAGCGACUCCGACUCGGCCCUGUGAGGGGCGCCGCCAGCAGCCGGGACUCGCACGCCUCGGGGCCGGCCGGGUGCUAGCGUGCGAACCCGGGCAGGGCCCGCGCCCCGGGGACCCCGAGGACCCGGGACGACGGCCCCUCGCACGCCUGGACUCCCGCCAAGCUGAGAACUGGUGGGUGCGCCCCGCGCUGCGCUCGGACCCAGGGCGAGCGCGCCUGGGGACUCCAGGAAGGGGGCCGCUUUGUUUGCCCUUGUAAAUGUUUAUUUUUAAACUGCCCAGUACGAACUCUGCCGUGAGUGUGUGCGGGGAGGCGGGCGUCGCCAGGGCUUCCCGGAGAGCCGCUCCACGCCCUUACCCGAUGGUCUGCAACUCCGAUUUUGCACACCGCUCCACCACCGUGCCCCCAGCGCACACCCGUUCACACUCACGCCAACACACUCUCGCUGAACACUUUUAUAAUUGUUAGGCGCGGCCGAUGGGACUUAGGGCGCAGCGCAGCUGCUGCUGCGGCCGGAGGAUUGAUAUUUAUUUUUGCAUUGCGAUGGCUGACGGCGUUUAUUUAACGAUCUUUUUACCUGGAUAUGUCUGUGAGGCUCCGGAACGGAGACAAAUAAAGUCAGUUAUAUUUGCACAGUGCA